UCUUUCUCUUUUAUUCCAUUUGGGAGGAAAGAAGGAAGUUUCUAUAAAAAAAAAAUUAUAAAAUAUGACAACAACAACCACUGAAAAUGAUAACAAUAAUGGCCUUCCUGUUAUUCCUCUUUCUCCUAUUGCACAAUCCUACAUUAUUUGCUCGAAUGCACUCAAAUUAGCUACCGAGAAACUAACUGAAGCAAAAAAAGCAAAGCCUUCUGUUCAAGUUGGUGUACUAAGAAGUCUACUUGAGACUUCUAAAGUUGAAACACAUAGACUCAACUCACUUAUUCGAAAGAUGCAGUCAGUAGAGGGUGCCACUGCCCUCUAUUGGGAUCCUGAUUUAUUGGCACGACAGAUUGCUGUAAUUGAUUGUCAACUAUUUAAUCAAGUCUUUUUAGACAAACGAGCUCUUUCUCAACUUGAUAUGAAACAAACAAAAUUAACUCAUCUCAUAGAUUUCCAUCAUUACCUUAGUCAUAGUUUUGCUCAUCAACUUAUUUAUUGGGUUGAAAUUAUAAGUAUGGACAAUAAUAAUAUGGACAAUCCUGUUGUGCCGCCAGUAAAUCCUACUAAAGAUAGUCUUAUUACUCAUUUAAUACGUGUGGCUUAUUUACUUUUACAUGCAUACCAUGAUUUUUCUGGAUUUGCAGCUAUCAUGAAGGCUCUCAUGUUCCCCGAAGUCCGUCGUCUGAAUAAAAAAUUAUGGAAAAAUGUGAGUUCUCGUACAAAGGAUAUGUUUCGUGAUUUAGCUCAGAUUGUAUCACCUACAAAGGAUUACUACGCUUAUCAACUCUGUCUGCGUACCAAGUUAGAAUCCCUUGCUAAUUGGUCUAAUCCAUCCCAUUAUUCUAGAGAGGGUAUGAUGAUUGUCGUACCUUGGAUUCAACCUCAUCUCUUAACAAUUCGCUCUAUUGUCACAGCUUAUACAGCGGGUGAUAAUGAGGGUCCUACUAUGGCCGCCACCAUGGGUGAUGUGAUCGUCUUGUCUGCUCCCGGGGUUUAUAAACUAGAUGUGGAGAUCGCCCUAUUAGAAUUAUGCCAACAUAACUCAACUCAUAGUGAUCUCGGCUUAGAAGAUAUCCUAACUGCCAAUGGAAUAUUUCAACCAAGUAAAAAGAAAUCAGCAUCCAAUGGUAAUAAUAAAAAGCGAGCUUCUAUCUUAGCCAGUAGCAAUCAUCCUCAACAUUUAAAGGCCAUUCAUCUUGAAGGAUUACGAACAGCUGUAAUCCCCUUAGGUAAUUUAAAUGAUUUAGCACCUGGAGAACAGUUAAUCCACCAUUGGCUUGUAUCUCGUGUCUAUCUUCGCAAAGAUCAACUUAUUAAUGAAAGUAUGGAAGUAGAACCCUUAAAGACAGGUGAAACAAUCAUUUGUGACAUGAAUGAAUUUGAUGAAUUAUUAUCGCAUUCUACUUUCUCUAAACCUAUUCCACAAAAAAUAUCGAAUGAUCAUGAUAAUGAUAAUGAUGAUGGGGCUAGUUCUGAUAACUCAAGUCCUGGAAACGCCGUAUUACACUCACAUCAAUUCGGAUCUACUGCUUCUUCUACUCAUCAUAAAUCACCAACACUAGAUGAGGCCAAACAAUCGGAUGAAUUGAUUGAGCGAGAAUUAGUUGAUAUGUCACAUACUGCAAAGAAAUCAGAAGGAUUUAUUAAAGAUCAAGACUAUAGUUCAUUUAUAUCGCAUAAAGCUUUUGCCUCAUUAACUCCUAAAAAAGAAUCUAGUCAUAAGAUUGACAAAGACAAAGACGAUACAAACGGUAAUAACGAUAAUGGUAAUGGUGGUGAAGUAAUGAGGACAUUAAUAAAUGAAAAAAAUAAUAAAAAGCCGAGUACGACUAAUACGCCCGUUGAGGAAGUAAUGAAUCCAACUGAGCAGCAGGAGGUUUUACCAUUAUCUACUAAUGAUGAAGUAAACUUCAAUAAACUAAACCAAAAGGAAAAUGAAAUAAAAGAAGUAGAAUUAAAAGAAAUAUCAAAGGAAAAAGAUGCUGAAGAGAAAGAAAUACCCAAGUUAGUAUCUAAAGAAGAAAAAAUUCAGCAAACAUCAAAUGCAUCCUCCUCUUCUGUUUUAUCUAGUUCAGCUACUACAUCUUCUACUAACAGUAGUAAGCUGCAAAAAUCAAAAUUAUCUCCAUCUGCUCCAGAAUUUAUUCCUAGUAAUGGUCAACAGAGUAAGAAAUCAGAAAGUAUUAUAACCAACAUAACAAAUGAACAAUGGUCAGGUUAUCCUAUUCAUGAAGAAGGUAUGAUAAGUAGUAGACAUAGUGAGCCUUCUGAAGAAAAAUGGGUUGGCUAUCCUGUUUCCUCAAAUAUGGAUAAUGCAUAUGAAAAUCAGGCAGCAAAAUAUAGCAAUAGUAAUGAAAACGAUAAUGAUGAUGAUGAUGAUGAUGAUGAGGUUUGGAAAGGAUAUCCUGGCCCCAAUAGUAUUAGUAUAGAUAGUCCAAGACGUGCUUCAUCACAGUCUGAAACAUCUGAAGAAUGGAAGGGGUAUCAUGCAACAAAGAUGGAAGCCGAUUGGCAAAGAGAAAGUGCGUUAAAAGUACAGGAGCAUGAAUGGCAAGGAUAUGCGCUUGAAACAUUAGAUGAAGAUGAAUUAGAUUCAAGUACUAUGAUGGAUGGUGAAUUUGAAAAAUCACGAAAAGCUCGUGGUCAGCACCGUAAUCAUAACGGUCAAAUACUGGACAAUUUCCAGAGAAAGAAAUAAGUUUUAUUAUACAAAAAAAAAAAGGGAAUGGAUAUAACCUAUAGUAUUUAUUUAUGUAUCAAUCUCAUUAUUACUAAAGAAAAUUUAUUCUUAUAUUUUAUAUUUAUCAAAAAAGAAAAGAAAAUACCAGGCAUCUAUACCCCUUC